CCUCGACGUGGCCCGCUUCCUGCUUGACAGCACAGCUCCUCAGAAAGUUUUACUAUUUGAUGAUGAGCAGAUUCCUCUGAGAGAGUGUGAGAGGUUGGAUCAGAGCCUGCCUCUGGCCCUGAAACACCUCAGCAUGCCCCACCACAGGACUGCACAAACACACACACACACAGAUGUGGACAGGCAGAUGUGUCACCAGGCACAUACUAUCACAGCGACAGAGACGCACACUCAUAGUGACACAGACAGACGCAACACAGAGACACACAAGGAGACCUGGAUGGAUGUGCCAACCCUGCUGGACAGCCGCAGCGCUGCCUCUCAGAGCCAGCAGCUCUCCCGCCUCCUGCACCUGGCUGCUAAUUACGGUCUGAGGACGGUGGCCUCGUUGCUCCUGCAGCAGCCAGGAUGCCGGGAGGCUCUGAGCAGGACGGACACUCUGGGACGGACUGCAGUAUGUGUGGCAGAGAGCAGAGGACAUCAGCAGCUGGUGGAGCUCUUCACUGCGUAUGACUCAUCUUCAGGUAUCCAGGUGGAACCAAAGGAGGAUCUGCACUUUUACCAAGAAGGCCGAAUGUUUCAGCACCAUGCCAUCCUUGAUACCUACAGCCUUACAUCUGCUGGUUGUUGGCAGAGGGAGGGGGGCUCAGAGACAGACAGCGUACAGGAGGAGGUGAGGGAGCUGAGGAGACUGAUCCAGAUCCACAGAGACUCAAAGGUAGAGUCUGGUUUUGCUGGAACCACCACUGCGACCCUGGUCAGCCCUGCCUGUGCGCGCCAGCUCUGCUCCAGCAGACUAGAGACCAGGCAGGAUGCAGGCCUGGCUGUAGUAAACACUGAGAACUGUAGCACAGCACCAGAGGAACAGGGAAGUACUCCAUCAUUGGACGAGAGAAAAGAAGGGGCAGGGCCUGUUGUUGUCACUCAUACAUCCUGUACCAAAGGACACCGUUGUAAGAGCCAGGAAGCCGGGAAAGGACUGAGGGCCACACCAGCUGCCAACUCUCCUGCUGGCCGGAACAGGGAAAACAAAAAGAGAACUACAAAAAGACGUGCAGCAGAAUUUGCAGUUAAUAGAAACUCCCUGGAGGCUGGUACAGGUACUGCAUGGGGGUCCACCAAGAUAACAGGAAGUGGACCAGAGAAAAAAGGAACUGUUUCAGCAGUUGCAUCAGUGCUUGGUGACAGAGGAGCCACAGAAACUCUGCACAGUCCUGGAGCACAAGGGACUCCAUUACCCAGUGAGCCAGAGUCUGCAGUAGGUGGUGAUGGGACGUGCGCUGGCAGGAAGGCAGUUGCCUUGCCUACCACCAUCGUGGUAGAAAAACAGGAAGGAGAGGAGUGGGAAGUAGACGUGCUGAUAUGUGAACGAGCAACAGAGACGGAGACAGAGAUAGAGACAGAGAGUCCCCCUGAAAGACGAGACCAGUUGACCUCAGCUCUGGGAUCAGCUGCUCAGAGGACAGUGAUCAUGGGCCAGGAACAAUCCCGGCAUCCCCAGGAAAGCCAGUCAGACUCAGAGGAGCCAAGACAACAAGACUCCACCAACAAGAGUUCUCAGUCUGGCAGCAGGUCCCCGGAUUCAGAACGAAAACCCCGCAGAGUGCUCUGGCGUGAUGGAGGCUGGAUCGGAAGCACAAUGGGUUCACACCCACAUGGACUAGAAACAUUACCAAAAACAGUCUGGUAUCAGGGUGAAAACCUAGACCAGGACGCCAGUGAAGCCUCCCAGCGACAGGAAGUGAACUCCCAGUCGGUUUGGUAUGACAGUGACAUAAUUUAUGAGAGAAAACAUGAACAGCUGGAGCAGGCAGAAUGUGAUCUGAGCUCAGCCCAAGCUCCUGGUCUUCAUCCUCCACAGCUGUUAGAACAGGCUCUUAUUUCUCGUCAACAGUGCGCCGCUCUGAGUCAGCCACAUGCUGCUGGAGCACAGCCAGCACUGUCACAUGGGCCUGCUGCACAAAGACGGGAAGUACACGGCUCACAGCAAGAGGAGGAAGUAGGGCCAGAUUGGAAGGAAGGGGGAAUGGCGGGAGGCAGAGGGGAGGUGGGUCUCACAGAGACCACUUAUGGCAGAGAGAGCUGUGAAGCAGCAGACAUCGAAGAGACCGGAGAGGAGAAGCCGGGGGGUAGGGAGAGAGGAGCAAAGGGCAGGAAAAAGAGGAGGAAGAAGAGAGGGAGGAGAGGAGGCGCUGAGGCCAAGCUGAGCUCCAGCUCCAGUAUCGAAUCACAGAGUCAGAGCGAGACCCAGACUCACAGAGAAGCAGUGACAAACCUGGGCCCUCAGUCAGAGACAGAGUCAGAGGCCCAGGAUCUAACAGGAAGGGCACUGAUCCAGUCCAAUGUUUCUGAACCCGCCUGCAAAGAGGAAGCUGACAAAGACGCCAUGCAUCUACCCUGCCAGACAGAGACCCAGACCAUGGACUCUCAUGGACUUGACUGUGACAUUACAGCCUCAGAGUCUAGUUAUACUGGGACCACAGACCACGGGAGAACAGGUCUGACUGAGGCGACAGGGACAAAGGAAUCAUCAGAGGACAAGAACCAAAGCCUACAUGAUGACUUUAAUCCAGAUUCUGCCAUUGCUGCUUCAGACCUGAGUCAAACGGUCUUCACAGAGGCAGACAUAGAGGAAAUUACAACUGUGCCACCAGGAGGAAAGGAAAUACUCAACCCCUCAGGGCUGGAGUCACAGGGUGCUGCCACUCCAGUCCAACAAACAGUGGGUAGUAUAGACACUGAGCAUCUGACAGCUGCUGGUGAAGCUAGAGCAUCUGAGGACCAAACAGGUUUGUUGGAAUCUAAGCCUGCAAAGGAACUUCCUGUCAGACAUUCAGAUCCGACAGAACUCACAGAGGACUCGUCUCUGGUGGAAUUUCCUGAACAGAAUACACAACAUUUACAAUCCGUGUGCUCUGCAGAAGCUGUCGGUCUGCCAUGGGAAGGUAGAGCAGAUGGUUCACCUCUUCAGAUACAGGAAGGAAGCACUGUGACAACUGUGAUGGAAUAUUUAGGGCAUUGUUUGGCCUCUGAGAUGCUGGGAUAUCAGCAGCUCGAGGAGGAGAAGACACAUGCGCUGUGGGUGGGUGUGGAGGGAGAGGGUAAGGAGACAAGUGUGGAGAGUAUGACAGAAGGAAAGGACAGUAGGAUGGUGUGUGGUGAGGAGUCAUCUUCGUCAGACAGAGAGGAGAAGGCCGAGGAUGAAGGCAUUCCCUCCUCACACAGAGAAACAGAGCAGUGUUAUGAGAACAGCUUGCUGGCCACAGCUGUAGCAGUAGUAACUGUAGCAGUAGUAUCAGCCGUGGUGAGCAUAGAGCUUAGCCAGCAGCCAGCAAGCAGUCCGUCAGACAGUCAGCAGUCUGCUAAUGAUACACUGUUAGUACAAGAUACUAACUUUCCCGCUGAUACAUUAAAGCAGCUGAAAGACCAUCAGUCCAGGCAGCUGACCAACAAGAGAGAGACACGACACCUGUCAGCUGAGACUGCAACCGAGACUGAGGAUCAGCAGGUCUACCAUCCACACCCUGAUCCUCCUGAAGGACCAGCUAACACUGACAUGUCAGAGGAAUCCCACUGUGCACAGGUAGAGAGUGAGACAGCAGCACAGCUCCAUCACAGAGACCUCUCAGCACCUGCUUACACUCCCACUCUACCACAGCUCCAGAAAGAGGAAGUUCAACCAGAUACUACACAAAACAACCUGUUUCAAGUUCACAUGAAACCUGCAGAUGAAACCAUUACAGCUGAGGAGGGCAACCAAGCUCACCUGCAGACAGAAACCCAGCUGUCCUGUCCUGGUGUGGACGCAGGACAAGAUCCAGAGUCCCCACACACACUGUGCCCCAAGUCCGAGUCUGAGGGUAAUCCCCAAGACCAGUGUCAGGUCAGAGAGACACAGGAUAGAGAUCAGGGUCUCCCUGUUGAAUCUCCAACUGCUUUGGGUGAGGGAGGGCGGCAGGUCCAGGAGCAGGACAGUCCAGGAGACUUACAGUCUAAGACAGAGGAAAAAGUGAGCUGCCAAAGAGGUGUUACAGACUGUCAGGCUAAAAGGUGUGACAGCCUUAACCCACCAUAUGAGGGCGAGGGUCCCACUGUAACACUACCUGUUGGCCCAUGUGUUUCGGCUCCUGUGGCCGAUCCCAGUCCAGAUGAACCGACUGCCCCCAUGAGUGUGGAAACAGGUGAAUCCCAGUCACCCCAGUCACUGGUGGACAUGAACCUCAUCACUGCCACCUUCCACAGCAAAGGUACUGAGUCUGUGGCAGGGGAUGAUGAGAAUGGUUUAUGUGAUGAAGACCCAGACUCUGUGGAUACAGUGGAUGGAUGGAAGCAGAGAGAGAGAGACAAGAUGGAAAGAGAAGAGGUAGCAUGGAAACAUGUGGUCACAGCAGAGGACACACCCCACACAGAACCAGAACAACAACAGCAACAACAGUCUGAGCAGACCAGGAGAGGCUCAGACAGCAUACACCCAUUACAGGUUCAGAGUGAAACUAGUAAGAGAAGAUCUUGUAUCCAGAGAGAGGGUGAUGUUUUCUACCCUGCCCAGCCUCGCCCUCAGCCCAGCACACCAACAUCAUUUGCAGACGUCCGUCCAGAAACAGAGGAGUGUGUUUCUGUGUGUGUGUCACACAGAGACACUGACAGUCUGACAGUCAGCGCUGAGCUGGAUGACAGCGUCUUUAAGAAGCCGGACCCUCCUCCCUGUGCUGGAUUGAGGGGCAGAGGGGUCUGUGUCUCUCAUUUCUCCUCAGAUCAUGCGUUGAUGUGGCAAGCCCUUAGUCCCAGUGAGGGGGCUUGGUCAGGGGCCACCUCUGACACAGUGGACCCUCAGAGCUCCGGACUGUGCUGGAAGUCAGAAACAGAAGACAAAGGAGGAGGAGAGAAAGAGGGGGGAGGAAAAGAAGAUGAGAAAAAAGACCAGCUCCCAGAGAAUCCGGUGUCCUCUACUAUCGUUCGAGCCUCCAUCAGAUCCUUAUCUCCAUUUCGUCGUCACAGCUGGGAGCCAGGCAGGAACAAUGCUGCUGCAGAUAUGGACGUCACACAGCGCAGCUCGUUGAAGAGCCUGUCAGAAGAGAUGAGAGUCAAGCCCCCCCUCCACAGGAGAAGUAUGAGCUGGUGUCCAUCCAACCUGCAUCAUCCUGAUCAGCAGCAAAUAGACAACAGAAGCUAUAGUCUAGAGGGUCUGGAAGUGCAGCAGGGAGGGGUCCAGACUCAGUGUCCUGGUCUUAGGGACGAGGAUGAGAGGACUGAAGGCCGGGCUUUCCGUUUGGACAGCCAGGAGAGAGGUUCACUGGUCUCCCUGACUGAGGAGGAGCAGGAAGGAGAUGGCAGCAGCAUCGACAGCCAGACAUCACAUCAGGCACUGUCCAUGACAACCAGCUGCCCUGCCAUGUUCCAUCACCAGACCCUCACCAAAUCCAUCUCCAUGGUUGCCAUCAGUCACCGUGAUGUAGAUGGGGGCAGCUCAUUCUCCAGUAACUCUGGCUCAUUGGAGUACAGUAUUUCAGAGGAGGAGCCCGGCCCCCUGCGGAGCGAUACUGAGGGGAAAGGAGGAGCUAAGAUCAGCCGGACGUUCAGCUACCUCCGCAGUAAGAUGAGCAAGAAAGGCAAGCAGCUUAUUUUCCAGGAGAAGGAUAGAAGAGGAGAGAAGGAACGAGAGAGUAAAGAAAGAGAAAAGAAGAGUGCAAACAAUCAUGUCUUCAUCCCUGUCAGUCCGUCUCCCUCCACUUCCUGUCAACACUGCACCAGACCUCUGAACAACAAGGAUACCCUCUUCUGCAACAACUGUGGAGUUCACAUCCAUAAAAGCUGCAGAGAGAGUGUGUCUGUCUGCACAAAGAGCAAAGCAAAGCAGCAGCAGCAGCAGCAGCAGCAGCUGGUGCCAGAAGCUGCUUCUGGGUCAGCUGUUAAUAUGAGGAGUAAAUCAACAUCUUCAACAUCAUCUGUAUCAUCCGCAUCCUCCUCAUCGUCACGGGAAUGCUGGUCCACUGUCACCAUUCCCGACGACCAACUUUCUGUGAUGUUUCCACGGAGACACCCCAGCAUCUUCAACCCACACAGUAACCUGGCCAAGAGCAUCUCCACCAGCAACAUAGCAGGAUUAGAUGAUGUUCCACUGAGGGGCCUCAAGUUUCUGUCUCAGUCCACAGACUCUCUUCAUCAGGGGAGUAAGGUCAACGCUUCGACCGAGUCUCUCACUGAUGAAGGCACUGAGAUGAUGGACAGUCAGCUGAUGGGAGAAUUUGAGUGUGACAUUAAAGAUCUUGAGGCUGACUCCUGGAGCAGCUCAGUGGAUAAGAAGUUCCUGAGAACACUGAAGAAAGAUGAAAUCAAGAGACAAGAUGUCAUCUAUGAGUUGUACCAGACUGAGUUCCACCAUGUGAGGACACUGAAAAUCAUGUCUGAAGUGUACUACAAAGGCCUACAGAGGGAGGUCCAGCUGGAGACUGACACUCUGGACAAGAUCUUCCCCGUCUUGGACGACUUGUUGUACACACACACAGACUUCCUCACCCGGCUCCUAGAGAUGAAGAGAGCUUCAUCAGCUCCAGGACACAACAACAGCAGCUUCCUCAUCUGCCGCAUUGGGGACGUCCUGGUCCACCAGUUUUCAGACUGCAGUGCUGAACGUAUGAAGAAGGUUUAUGGGAAGUUCUGCAGUCGUCACAGUGAAGCUGUUAAUCUCUACAAAGACCUGCAGGCCAAAGACAAACGCUUCCAGGCUUUCAUCAAGAGGACAAUGAGCAGCAGCAUUGUGCGGAGGCUCAGUAUCCCAGAGUGCAUUUUGUUGGUGACUCAGAGGAUCACCAAAUACCCUGUUCUGAUCCAGAGAAUCCUGCAGCACACGAAAGACUCAGAUGGAGACCACAGUGGUGUCUGUGAAUCACUGCGCUGUGUGAAGGAGCUGAUCGCGGCUGUGGACAGUAAAGUCAACGAGCAGGAGAAGAAACGAAAGCUUAGGGAGGUUCACAGUCGCACUGACAGUAAGUCCAUCAUGAGGAUGAAGAGCGGUCAGAUGUUUGCUAAAGAGGACCUGAUUAGGGGGAGGAAGCUGCUGCAUGACGGAUUGCUGCAGCUGAAGAACUCUGCAGGACGACUCAAAGAUGUCCGUGCCCUGCUCCUCUCUGAUGUGUUGGUCUUUCUUCAGGAAAAGGACCAGAAAUAUGUAUUUGCCUCUUUGGACCAGCGCUCCACAGUCAUCUCUCUACAGAAUCUGAUCGUUAGAGAAGUGGCUAACGAGGAGAGAGGUCUCUUCCUGAUCACAGCUGGGACAGAGAGACCAGAGAUGGUGGAGGUGUUGGCCAGCAGCAAGGAGGAGCGCAACACAUGGAGGGCCAUCAUACAGGACACCAUGCACUUCAUGGAGAAAGACGAGGAUGAGGGAGUUCCCAGUGAGACAGAGGAGGACAGGAGGCAGCAAGAGAGCAGAGCAAAGGAGAUCAGAGAGCUUCUGCGGAGGAAAGAUGAGCAGAUCAUCUGUUUAUUGGAGGAGAAAGUUCACAUCUUCAGAGAGCUGGGAGACUGCAGUUCCACCACCGAGGACACAAACCCACCAGUCAGGGAACGCAUGUUGUUCAGGGCCACACCUGAUGAUGUCACAAAGGGGGACCCAAUCAUACAGGAUGCCCUGAGGGAAGUGGAGAGUCUGCACACUUUAGUCAGCAGUGGAGUAGGUGGAGCCGGCUGCAGUGCUCCAGCUGGCCUGACAGGGGGCAGUGUGGGACCAGUUUCUCUGCCCCGCAGAGCUGAGACGUUCGGAGGCUUCGACAGUCAUCAGAUGAACAGCAGCAAGAAUGGAGACAAGGAAGAGGGGGAGGAGUCACUGGACCUCCGCAGGACUGAGUCCGACAGUGUGUUGAAAAAGGGAGCCACUGCCAGCCUGCAGAUGAUGCUGAAGAGAAACAAUGAACAGGUCCAGCACAGUGUGAUACAUCUCCACGACCUGCUGAUCUCACUGCAGGCUGUGGUGGUCCAGCAGGACUCCUUUGUGGAGGACAGGAGACAGGCCCUGAAUGACCGGCUCACCACCAACUCCUCCAGACACUCAUCCUCUUCCUCGCUCUCCUCCUCAUCCUCCUCCCGCCCCUCCUCCCUCAUCGAGCAGGAGAAACACAGGAGUCUGGAGAGACAGCGACAGGAGGCGGCCAGCCUGCAGAAACAGCAGGCUGCGCACCAGGAGGAGAAGAGGAGGAGAGAGAAGGAGUGGGAGAUGAAGGAGAAAGGUCUGGCAGAGCGGGAGGAGAGGCUGAGGGAGGAGGAGGAGGACACCAGAAGGAGGCACCAGGUGCUGCAGGAGGAGAGAGAGACGCUGCAGAGGAAGAGAGAGGAGUACCAGAGAGAGCUGGAGAGGCUGAAGGAGGCUCAGAGGAGGCUGGAGAGGGACACGAAGGCCCUGAGGAGAGACUCUGAGAGACUGGAGGCCAUGGAAACAGACCAGGAGCAGCUUCAGAGGUUCCAGCGAACUCCCUCUACCACCUCUGAAGACUCCAUGAGGCUCCAUGGUUCUGGGUCUUUGGAUUUGGAUUCAAAGGAAGCAGCAGAACAGCCAAAAGAGGUGGAGCUCUCAUCCUCUGCCCCAACCAAAGAACCUUUCCUCCGCAUCGGAUCAAAGAGGAUGGGCAAAAACUUCAACCCUUUCUCCUCCUCCUCCUCCUCCUCAAAGCCUUAUGGAGCAGAGAAGGAGUCCCAGCUCCCCACCAGACUGCUGCAGCUGGCCAAACCCAAAGAGAAGAAGGACAAAAAGAAGAAGGGGAAGGGAGGGGAGCAGACUCAGACAGAAAACAAAAUGACAGUGAUGUUGGAUUCCCAGAAUGAUGGAGACAUCUUCUUCUGCUGAAGACCAGGAGGAAGAGCAUGUGAACUUAUGAAGCUCCUGCUGGACCUUGCAGAAAACAGGAACAGCCUUUCAGACUGACUGGACCAUUUUCUGAGGAGCCAGCUGGAUUCUCAGGACAACAGACUCACUGGCCUGCAUAUGUCCCAGGUAAACAAAAGUAAUGACCAGGUGAAAUCAUGGUGAGCUGAUGAUUCAGUCAGGAGGAUUUUAAUCACCAAACGUGCCCAGAAUACCCCAGGGUCCCACCAGUCCACCAGUCCACCACCCCAGGACCCCACCUUCAAAUCAGAUCUCAUCAACAUUUAAAACUGUCACAAACUUUAGCAUCCUUGAACUUGAACAUCCUGAGGAGUCUUUAACAUCUGCUCUGACGUUCAUCAGUCAACCUGACAAACAGGACUCAGGAAGGAAGACAAACCUGGACAUGGUGUGGUGGACACACUUCUCACUGUCCACAAUCAAUGAAACAUCAUUCACCAGAGAGAUGGAACAGUCCACAGAGUGCUCAGGACCCAGACUGGUCCACAGAGUGCUCAGGACCCAGAGUGAUGGUCUGUGGUGCUCAGAGCAGAUGUUUAACAUUGCCGUUGUUAGUUGGUUUUUUAGGUGGACACCUCCCUCAGUCCUGAGUAUGUGAAACAGACUGUGACAAAUGUGUGAACAGGCAAUUAACCUGAGAGAGUGAUGCUUCAUUUAAGAUCAUUCAUCUCCUGAGAAUUGAAUCGUCAAGUCUUUUCAGUGACUUGGUUCUAAUUAUACAGAAAAUAUGAACGUUGUUUAAAUCCAAGUGAAGGUUCAUUUAUUAUUCCACACUUCCUCUUUGUAAACAGUAUAUUGAAUUGUGUCAUGAAUGUGUGUGAAGCCUGUCUAAAGAUACAGUUCACCAGUUUUCACUAUUUACUUCUAAAGUGAACCACCUGAACUCAGCAGCUGUUUCCUGUCACCAGUGUCAGAUGAUGCAGACUAUAAACAGUUUUUGUACAUGACAGAAAGAUGAAGUUUCUGCAGCAGAGCUUGGUCAGAACUCACUGAGCUCAGCACAAAACCAUCUCACCUCCAGGUCCAAUUAUAAGCUCUGCUGGAGCUUUCGACCACAUCAUACAGUCUUCUUCAGUCAUCAACUGUAGAUGUUCAGACUGUGAUUUUUAUGAUAUUUUAUAAGCGAUUUUAACAGAUGUUUGCAUCAUUGUGAUAAAUGAAAAGGGUUUUUAUGAUGUUGAGUCAAGCGAGGCAAGACAAUCUUUGAGUUUACAAUCAGUCAAAACAAACAUCAAUCAAUCAAUCAAUCAAUCCAAUCAAUCAAUCAAUCAAUCAAUCAAUCAAUCAAUCAAUCAAUCAAUCAAUCAAUCAAUCAAUCAAUCAAUCAAUCAAUCAAUCAAUCAAUCCAUCAGUCUUUACAGAUUCAGAUAUAGUACAUUUUUAAUACUCUAAAGUAUCAGAUGGAGCCUGGAGACAUUAUAAAGCUCAGUUGCUCAGAAGCAGGUUCACGUUUUUAAUUCUCCUGUCCUCUGGUCACCUGGACCUGGACCCUGGUCACCUGGCCCUGGACCCUGGUCACCUGGACCUGGACCCUGGUCACCUGGACCUGGAACUCGGUCCUCAGUUUACCUGCUUCAGUAAAACAGCCUCCUCUUCUCUGAACUGUCAUAGUUUUCAUGUCAGUUUUUUGUUGCUCAACACUUCCUCCAUCUCUUUCACAUUAAAAUCCUUCAGCACUCCACUGAGCAAAAUCUCCUCCCUGUCCCUGAAGGACUUUUAUUUUGAAACAAAUUAAAGUUACUGCUGUUAAAAGGAGGAAAUACACAUUGUAUUGAAUUGACCACGUGUGCCAGUUUAGUUACUGGUAUUUUAACUUGUCUCCCGUUUCUGCUGUCAUUUACCACAGCCAGGUGUCAUCUAGACUCAGACUUUCCAUGCUUUUAUUUUGGAAGUACAAUCCUUAAUUAAUGAAUGAAUGUUGAGCUAAGUGUUAAUUGAUGUACAGCAGUAUCAUCAGACUUCAUUGGAUCCUGAGUUGAAUGAGGGGUGUUGUUCUCCAGACGCCAAAGGCUCGUAUCCUCCCUCUCAUCCAGCCACAGUCAUAACUCUGAUUUACACCACAUUGAUUUUCUCUCUUCUCUGCAGAGAAGCAGAGAGCCUAAGAUCUGUGUCGUUUCCAGCCUCUCUGCUCAAGCACAUCAUCCCGUCUCUUAAUUCCCUGCAGCUUCUCCCUGCUCUCACCCUGACUAGUGUGAUUAGCAGCAGUGGUUAGUCCUCCUGAGUCAGAGGCAAACCCUCAGAGGCUGCUUCCUGUGAAGAAAGCAACAUUUCACAUCAUAGCCACUUUCUGAAAAACCACUGUUUCACAACAGCAGCUACACACAUCUCUAUAUAUAUAUAUAUAUAUAUUUUUUUUUUUUAUGUAUAUAUAGUAUCACGCAGCCUGAACAGGACUUGAAUAAGAGAACUCUGAUAUUACAGUUCAUUCGCAAAGUUUUCAGACCCCUUGUUGCAGCUUCAUGAUAAAAUAAUCAUCAGUCCACAAUAACAAAAAAAAAAGACAUAUCUUUGUAAAUAUGAGCUGCGCCUCACAUCGUUUCUGCUCUGUGCAGAAAAAAAUCAGAAAGGGUACAACUGAUGUGGUUUGGUUCAUGAUGGACUAGACCGCUAACUACUGGUCAGUGCCUGAAAUAUCAGCUGUUUACAUCACUGACACAUCGUCUGUCCUCAGCUGCUAAGCUACAUGUAGCAUCAAAGUCAGUUUACAUGGUGUUAUUGGCUAAAGGGGCUUUUCUGAUCUUUUUCUAACCUUCAAUGAUAAAGAAAUGUUAACAAUGAAGGAAGAAAGCUGAGCAACUGUGAUUCAGUUGGACUAUGGUUUAACCCACAUUUAUGAACAGAAUGGAUUAAACCAGAGAACCACCAAAUUUAAAAUGUCAAAGAUGUUAAAAUACAAACCCUAUUAAUUUAUUACUUUGUUUUUAUUUUGAAGUUCCUACAAUUACAUGGUGUUUGUCACAUACUGUAUGAUGGCAUGCUAUUAGUAAAUCAAACUAAUCGCUCACCUUGCUCAUCCUUCAGUCAAUACAUACAUCAGUUUUAGUUGUACAGUACCAAAUCAUAACAGACAUGAUCUCAAGGCUUAACAGAGUCAGGUCAGGAUUAAACAAUAUUAUAGAAAAACAACAGCUCCACCAUGAAAAACCAAGAGAACCAGGCUCAGGGUGGUGGGUGGCUCAACCAGAUGGGCAGGGGGUCUCUGCGUCCUGGAGUAAAAACCAGUGACAGUUUGAUCUCAUUUUUAAUGAUUUUAUGAGUUAAUAUAUAUAUUCAGAACUAGUCUGCAGCAACUCUGAUCCCUCAAACUAAAUAAGCUAAAUUACAGACGCAACAUUUGAUCAUAGAAUUUAAAGGUCUGAAGAGGAAGUUAAAGUUGGCCUUUCUCUAGCCUCUUCCAUAUUGUUUCCCUUCAGUGUGCACUAGUUUUACUAAAACCUUUAUUAAGGAAUCUUACAGUCACAUUGGACCCUACAGUUUUUGCACUGUACAAGCUUCUUGUAUUUGUACUAAAACCAGAAGGUACAAAGUUUAUUUUUCUCUUUUUAUGUACAAAGAAAAAAGGGCAAAGCAACAAAUGCUGUAAAUAUGUUUUAUGUACAAAUUUGAACUUACAAAGUAUUGAUGACUAUGGAUUUUAUUUCAAUGGAUGAUUGAUUUGUUUCUUAAUAAAUAAUAAAGUUUUAUUUAUCUGUCAUCGUCCCGUUUUGGAAAUAAAUAAUAUGCUGUUUGUCA